CUGGGUCCUUUGCAAUGUUAUUUCCCGUCUUUGCCUUUGCUCUGUAGCGAUUCUGGAAAUCACACACAGAGCAGGAAGGAACGCACGCACACACGCACGCCUCCAUCGAAGGAACACUCUCCUCCGGCCGUCGCUCCCUUCGCCGUUUCCUUCCUCUGCCGACGCCACUGUCUCCGCCUCGCUGUCGUCUUCCUCAGUUAAAUGCCACUACUUGCCUCUUCAAGCUGCCACUAGCAAUCACACCAUUGUUGCUCCCAGAAUUAGAUACUUGAACUCUCCAUUUUAGGUUUUCGUUUUCAAGUUAUUACAGAAGAAAGUUCAUGGCGAUUGAUUGUCUUGUUCUAGGCGCAGGACAGGAGGUAGGAAAGAGCUGCGUGGUUGUAUCUAUAAAUGGAAAAAGGAUCAUGUUUGAUUGUGGGAUGCACAUGGGUUACACUGAUCACAACCGUUACCCUGAUUUCUCUCUGAUUUCAAAAUCUGGAGAUUUCAAUAACGCCCUUUCUUGCAUCAUUAUUACUCACUUUCACUUGGAUCAUAUUGGGGCUCUUCCAUAUUUCACUGAAGUUUGUGGUUACAAUGGACCAAUUUACAUGACGUAUCCUACCAAAGCCUUGGCUCCACUUAUGUUAGAAGAUUACAGGAAAGUAAUGGUUGGAAGGGGGGAAGAACAGCAGUUCACUUAUGAAAACAUCAUUGAUUGUAUGAAAAAAGUUACUGCAGUGGAUCUUAAGCAAAAUGUGCAAGUUGAUAAAGACCUUCAAAUUCGUGCUUACUAUGCUGGACAUGUUCUUGGAGCUGCAAUGUUUUAUGCGUGUGUGGGGGAUAGUGCUAUGGUAUAUACAGGAGAUUAUAACAUGACACCUGAUAGGCAUCUUGGAGCUGCUCAAAUCGAUCGAUUGCAAUUAGACCUUCUUAUAACUGAGUCGACAUAUGCGACAACUAUUCGUGACUCAAAAUAUGCUCGAGAGAGAGAAUUCCUUAAGGCUGUUCAUAAAUGUGUUUCCAAUGGAGGAAAGGUGCUGAUUCCUACAUUUGCUCUUGGACGAGCUCAGGAACUCUGUAUAUUGUUGGAUGAUUACUGGGAGCGGAUGAAUCUUAAGGUUCCUAUCUACUUUUCAGCAGGUUUAACAAUCCAAGCUAAUUUGUAUUACAAAGUGCUAAUUAAUUGGACUAGCCAGAAGGUGAAAGAUACAUAUGCUACUAGAAACGCAUUCGAUUUUAAAAAUGUUCACCAGUUUGACCGGACUUUACUUGAUGCUCCUGGACCUUGUGUUCUUUUUGCAACACCAGGAAUGAUUAGUGGUGGUUUUUCACUUGAAGUUUUUAAACAUUGGGCUCCAUGUGAAUCAAAUCUCAUCACACUUCCAGGGUAUUGUGUUGCUGGAACCGUAGGACACAAAUUGAUGUCUGGUAAGCCUACAAAAGUUGAUUUGGAUAAAGAUACACAGAUUGAUGUUCGUUGCCAGAUUCAUCAAUUGUCAUUUAGCCCACAUACGGAUGCAAAAGGAAUAAUGGAUCUUGUGAAAUUUCUGUCCCCAAAACACGUAAUACUUGUACAUGGUGAGAAACCUAAAAUGGAUUUGCUUAAAUCAAGAAUCAAAUCAGAAUUAGGAAUAGAAUGUUUUGAUCCAGCAAAUACCGAAACCGUAUCUUUCCCUUCAACCCAUUUUAUAAAAUCCGAUGCUUCAAACGCAUUUAUCCGUAGUUCAUUGACGCCCAACUUCAAAUUCCCAAAAGAUGAAAUUACGGAUACGCCCUCACUGCAUGUUUGCGAUGAGAGAGUGAGUGAAGGGAUUUUGACAAUGGGGAAAGGUCAAAAAGUCAAGGUUAUACAUCAAGAUGAGCUUGUAACAAUGGUUGGAGGUGGAAAAACGGAAGUGGAAUUUGGGUAUUGUUUUGGGUUAAAUUUAUGCAGUUUAAAGAAUGUUAGCAAAGAGGUUAGGGUUUCUAAUGGUGAUGACUCGUUGCUUGGUGUUUUGAAUAUGAAACUUUCGGAUGAAUUUGGGGAAUUGGGAGUGAGGGAUUGUAAAGGAAGUCUUGAGGUGAACUCUUUUCGUGUUCGGGUAUGUAAGAAUGAUGAUUGUCCUCAUAGAGUUGAUAGGGAUGAGUUAAGUGAGAGGCUUGAAUGUGUGUUUUUUUGUUGUAAUUGGUCGAUUUUAGAUAAGAGUAUUGCUUGGAGAGUUAUAAGUGUAAUGAAGAACAUGGAUUUGCCUAUCAAGUAUCAAGAACAACUCGUCACACUCCUCCCAUCCACCUGUGGAAGUUUCAAUAUGGCGGAGAUGUCAACGGAGACGACAGCGCCGUUACUCAGACCACGACAGGACACCGUCGAAUCCCAAUCAGGAGAAGGAGCAAGGCCGACUACACUCGCCCUUCUCCUGGGCCGUGCUUCGGGACGGCGUGGAGCGUCUAUGUUGGUGCGCGAGACUGCAGCGCGACAACUGGAGGAGCGGCGAGCCGACUGGGGCUACUCAAAACCAGUUGUUGCCCUAGACAUGACAUGGAACCUCGCCUUCGUAGCGGUUUCGGUGGUUUUAUUGAUUUGCACGGUAGAGGAGAAACCGAACGUUCCAAUUAGGGUUUGGAUCUGCGGAUAUGCGUUGCAGUGCGCGGUGCAUGCGGUGCUUGUGUGGUUGGAAUAUAGUCGGAGAAGCCGGAGAAUACAGGAAGACGAAAUGACAGGGGGAAAUGAUUUGAGUUUCAACGACAGUGAGGAUGAUGAUGGAAGGAUUGGGGCUUUCUUGACUUCUAACAGAAUCAGUUACACCAAAAGAUGUGAGAAUCUUAAUACGAUGGUAUCAUUUGUCUGGUGGCUAGUUGGCUUUUACUGGAUGGUUUCUGGUGGAGAGAUUCUUCUGCAUAAUGCUCCACGUUUAUACUGGUUGAGUGUGGUGUUUUUGGCAUUCGAUGUGUUCUUUGCUAUCUUUUGUGUUGUUUUAGCAUGUCUGAUAGGAAUUGCUCUUUGUUGUUGCUUGCCCUGCAUCAUUGCAAUAUUGUAUGCAGUUGCUGGCCAGGAAGGUGCAUCAGAAACAGACUUAAGUGUCCUUCCAAAAUACAGAUUUCAGGUGUCCAAUGAUGAAAACAAACCUGAUAUUCAUGUGGGAGCAGGUAGAAUGGUUCCUGUUGAAUCAAAUGUUGGAUAUUUAGCUGUUGAACGUGUUCUUCUACCCGAGGAUGCUGAGUGUUGCAUAUGUUUAAGCCAAUAUGAAGAUGGAACAGAGCUUCAUUCGCUACAAUGCAACCAUCAUUUUCAUGCAUCAUGCAUAGUGAAAUGGUUGAAGAUGAAUGCCACCUGUCCUCUUUGCAAAUACAAUAUCUUAAAGGGAAACGAACAAGUUUAAUAAUAAAUCAGAAGAAUCUGGAAUUCACACAGGCUACUAUGUAUUUAUGGAUAUGUACAGGAGAGGGGAUGUAGCUAAUGCUUUGGUAAACAAACAAAUUUUCACAUUUAGUAGAGUUUACUUUUUGGUACAAAUGAACAAAAUAAUGCAAAACAUAUGUAGCAUUGCCAUUAAUUAAUUUCAAGUGUAUUUUGUCA